GAAAUACUUUUUUUCCAGGUGCAUCUGCCCCUCCGACAGAGAUUCAUGUAGUAUAGGGCGAUUCCUCGAGGCCUCAGCCUCAACUAGCUCAGAGUGCCAGGAGCAGCUUAGCAGUCCAACGUGAUUUCUUUACCAGUACUUGUUUAUCGAUGAUUGUGACUUCGAGUUUUUUUAUAGACAGGAUAUCACAAAAUGCUCCACAAGAUCAACUGUGCACACUCCACGGUCACCUUCGAUUUGGCGUAAUACCAGCGGUGAUGUCAUGCUCAUGGUGUAUCUUAUUAAAUAGCUGCGAGUAUGCUGUGGGGCUGCACGUCCCUUGCUUCGCAUCAAUUCGCACUUUUCACCAAUGUCCUACCCUUAUUACCAGUCAACUCUACAUGGAUGGGGAAGCAACCAACUACAAUUUGGCCGUCCUCCCCCGAUUCAGUUUCAGCCACAACCUUCUUGGGGUGGAUAUGAUUAUUUCAGAGCACACGCCCCACAUAUAGACCCUGCGAUCUUCAAUCAGGUGUAUGGCAGAAUCUCUAAUGCAGAUAUGACUCCCGUGGGUGUAGGUAUCAAUGAGGCUCGUAUAUGGCACCGACGGGCAUACGGUGGUCUUUGUGCAAUCAAUGCGCUGACUCCCCAAGAAAUCGGAUAUGCCUCGGCCUACGAAGCGCACCGAAUCUGGAUUCACAACCAUGCGCUUUAUGAGCCUUUUCGCGCAGAAAUUGAGCGCCAACGAGAAGCAUUCAUAGGGCUUGCCGUUGCAGAAGCUAUCAGGAUGUACAUGAUCGCACGCCCGGUUGAUGUGGACGGUUGUAUGCCAGCGUGCGAAGCUGCAGCAGCGACUGCAUCACAUAUAUUCGAUGAAAACAUGUCGGGUCCCGCCGGAGGUGAUGUACUAGGUCACGGCGCAGGGAUGGGGUACGAUUCCAAAAUGGAUGUUGGCGCAUACGGUUCAGGAUUCGGAACACCCGGGAUGACAGGUUCUGGCAUGGCUGGUGGGAUUGACCCACAUGCCAUCGACCAUGACGCACCAUACUUCAGUCAGAGCAUCGGUAGACACAGGCGGCUCUCGAUGCCACCCUUAUAUGACCCUACACGAGCACAUAGCUCCAGAGCGGGAACGGUUAUGCGUGGGAGCUCGCCUUACUUGGCCACUGCACCUAGUAUGGGCGUAGGAGCGAGCCCUUCAAUUUAUGGUGGUAAGAGCCCCCUACUAGCAAGCGGGAAUGGAAUGGGACUUGCAAAGACGCACGGAGGUGGUUAUUCUCCCUAUGGUGCUGGGUCCUCUGGAUAUGGAGGGGCAUCCCCGGUACAUGUACCACCCAUUUACGGCGCGUCUUCGCCAUACACUGGCGCCCCGAGCGUCACAACGGUGUCCGCCUAUCCAGGCAGUACGACUGUCAUCCAGUUGCCCCGAAGACGCCACAGGUCAUCUAGCAGACAUAAUAAACGCCAUGAUAGGCUCCUGGAGGACCAGGAGGCUUCGUUGGAGGGGCAGUAG